CAUGCGGAGAACGGAGAGUUUCGUGAGGUUGCUGAGAUUGCUGAAGCGCCAGCAAUAACUGUGCAUAAUCUUCCAUAUGUUGCUCUUUUUUACUCGAAGUUCUUCCGUAUCCGGGAGGAAGAUGAUUGUGACUCCAUCACAUUUUUGAAAUGGCGAUGUGUGCUUGAUAGUUCGAUCGACGGUCACGUUGAUGAUUUCCUGGAAUUCCCAACUAAGGAGCUGUUGAAGAUUCAUGCUCUAAAGCAUUUUGAAACACACCACCAGGACUUCUACUCUUCCGAAUAUUUCCAGUAUGAAAAAGCUCUCCUUCAACAAGAGCUUCCUACUGCAACAGAUGUGUACUCUUAUUCCCCUUUGACUUGGAGCUUUGAUAAAGAGCCGUUCGAUACUACAUAUGUGGCUUCUGUUUUUGGUGCGGCUAUUCCCCGCAAUUCGCCGUUCACAUUGUUAGCCACGGAUAUAUUGACAUCGGAUCCUGAGACCAUUGACAGCGAGCGUCUUCUCCCAAACAAUAUCUUGGGUCCAGUUGGUCGUGAGGCACUUCGUCGCUUGAAAGGGGGUGACGACUCAGCUAAGGCUGCAUCGCCAGCUGCCCACAAUGAAGAAAGAUCUGGCAGUCCGCAUGCUUCUUCGGCUAACUUGGAGACCGACGUUCAUCCGGUGGAAAUUUUCGUGCCGCGUUCCGAAUGCUCAUCAGCGGAUAUCACACGGACGGACGAACACUCCAUGACUGGCUGCACGGAAGGCUCAACAAUAGACGAGGUCGAUUUUACUAAUACGCCCGAGAAAGAAGAGCCUCUUUUCAAUAGCCUUGUGACGCCAAAGGGUGAAGGUGUGCAAGCUGGCGAUUCAGCUACCAUUAGAAUAGCCGAAUCUACUUCUGAACCUUCAUCUGUUGUAAAUUCAUCUCCGACUGCCCCGACAAAUAAUGAACUUGACGUUCCGCCGCCCAUACAAGGACCGGAUAAUAUAGACGUUCAAGAGCACAAAUUGAUCAUCCAUCGAAAAUUCCAGUGGGAGGGACCUCCUCCGCCACCCUUGGAUGCUGAGCAGACUCAACAACUUGUUUGCCUAGCCCGUAACGAAUGUCCAUUCUGCACAACUGCUCGAGGUCCUCGAGGUCUACGAAUCCCGCAGUUUGCCAAUGAUGAAAUAAAGGAAGAAAGCAUGCUUGCGCACGUUGUCAAAUUUCACUACAAAGAUCCUGCAGCCAAAUGGGUUUUGAAUGCGAAACGGUAA